GUCCCAGCUCAGUUGAUCGGGCAGCUCCAAAGACUUCGGUUCUAUAUACUAUCUUGAAAUACUGCUGUGCGGUUUUUGAAUUGCAUUUCAAAACAAAUAUUUUUCGGACAAAAGUACUUCUAAUAAUGGCUGCCAACAAAUUGUGCUGCACCUUGGCCAUUUCGGCUCUAUUGUGUCUGGGAUUCGCUGCUCUUAUUCAAGCCAACGAUAAGCCGGUGACUGAUGUGUGCCUGGGAUGCAUCUGCGAGGCCAUCAGCGGAUGCAACCAAACCCAUUACUGCGGCGGCGGAGUCUGCGGCCUGUUUCGCAUCACCUGGGCGUACUGGUCCGAUGGCGGCAAGCUGACCUUGGGGAACGAGAGUCCCCAGUCGGAAGAAGCUUAUGCCAACUGCGUGAACGAUCCUUACUGCGCGGCCAACACGAUCCAGAAUUACAUGACCAAGUUCGGGCAGGACUGCAAUGGAGAUAAUUCCGUCGAUUGCUACGACUUCGCGGCCAUCCACAAGCUGGGAGGAUACGGGUGCAAGGGCGAGCUGAGCUAUCAGUACCAGACUCAGCUGAACAACUGCCUCAAUUCGUUCCAGCACAUCGAUGUUCGCUCUAGCAAAUAAUCCCAUAAUCUUGCUAAAUUUAUGUUCUAAUUAAAUCUUAAUAAUUUAAUGAUUAAUAAUUUAUGGCAAUGCAUUUGAAUUCGAAUAAGAUUGCACCUUUGAGAUUGAUUGAGAUAAUAAACGACUUUCCAACAAGGGUAUAAAUAUAA